ACUGCUGGCUAAGUGCCAGAGAAGUUUUGCAGGCGCCUCUCCGCCAAUUCCUGACCAUGGGCAACUCCUGCUUCGUCUUUAAGGAGCGGCUGAUAAAGAGGCUGCGGCCUCUGCCCACCCUGCUUGUCAUCCGCGCCUUCGUGCCGCACCCGAGGGGCAAAGAUUACCGCGUGGUGGUGCUCGGCCCCGCCGGCGUGGGCAAGAGCGCGCUGGUGCAGAGGUGGGUGCGCGGCAACUUUCGAGAUGCCUAUCUGCCAACCAUCGAAGAUACCUACCGCCAGGCGCUGGGCUGCAACCACAGCAAGGGCGCGCUGCACAUCACCGACACCACUGGCGGCCAGCGCUAUCCCGGCCUGCAGCGCCUCGCCAUUGCCAGGGGCCACGCCUUCAUCCUGGUCUACUCAGUCACCAAGAAGCAAACCCUGGAGGAGCUGAAGCCGUUCUAUGAGCUGAUCCGCGAGAUCAAAGGCAACAGCUUCCACAAGUACCCUAUCGUGCUGGUCGGCAACAAAUGCGAUGAGAGCCGCCGGGAGCUGACCGCGAGGGAUGGCGCUGCUCGCGCGUUGGAGUGGAAUUGCGCCUUCAUGGAGACCUCUGCCAAGACGGGUGUCAACGUGCAGGAGCUGUUCCACAUGCUACUGAACCACGAAAAGAAGCCCGCCACCUGCCUCCAGCCUUCCCAGAAGAAAUCCCAUCUGCCGAAGGCCGCGGAGAAGCUGCUUGGCAAGUGCAACAUCAUGUGAGCCCCGGGCCUCAGG